AUGAAGUUAUUUCCCUAUCUUAACAAAAUAUGCUUAUUGAACUUAUAUUUUAUAAAGAUGGAAAAACCAUCAAUAUAUUUUAUGAAUAAUAAAAUAAAAAAAAUACAAAUACAAUAUGAAGAAAGAGAAAAUAAUGCUCCUAUGAAAAAUUUUAUGUUAGAUGAAAAAAAAGAAAAUUAUGAUAUAACAUAUAAAAUUAAUAUAAAAAAUGAACAAACUUCUUAUCCUUCAAACGAUGAUAUAAAAUCACAUUGCCAAGAUAAACCAGAUGAAGGAAAUGUAUAUAAAAAUAUUAAUUUAACAAAAAAAGGAAAUAAAAAAGAACAUAUGAACGAUUCAUUAUUAAAUAAAAGAAAGGUUAAAACAGAAUAUGUAAUAAAACAAAAACAAAUGAAAAGAGAAAAAGAACAAACAGUAUUGGAAGAGGGUAUUAAACAUGUGCAUGAGUUAAAGAAAAGGAAAAAUAAGAAUGUUAAAAGUGAUAAAAUAAAAAUAGAUGAAAAAGGUGUAGAUAAAAAAUUUAUAGAUGAAAAAGGUGUAGAUAAAAAAUUUAUAGAUGAAAAAGGUGUAGAUAAAAAAAUUAUAGAUGAAAAAAAUGUCGAAUUUAAAAGGGCACAUUUUUUGUUAACAUAUAAUAAAUUAAAAGAAAUGAGAAAAGAUAUCAUUGCUCCUGUAGAUAAAUAUGGUUGUGAUAAAUUAAGUGAAAAAACAAACGACAUGAAAGUAUUCAGAUUUCAAACAUUAAUUUCGUGUAUGCUCUCAUCAAGAACAAAAGAUGAAGUGACUGCUAUGGUAAUGGACAAAUUAAAAAAACACGGAUUAACUGUUCAUAAUAUUUUAAAUACAACAGAAGAACAAUUGAAAAAAUUAAUUUAUGGAAUUGGAUUUUAUAAUGUAAAAGCGAAACAGAUUUUGCAAAUCUGUCAUAUUUUAAAAAAUAAAUAUAAUUCAGAUAUUCCACAUACGUAUGAAGAAUUAAAAAAAUUACCAGGUAUAGGAGAAAAAAUUGCACAACUCAUUUUACAAACAGCAUUAAAUAAACAUGAAGGAAUAGCAGUGGACAUACAUGUACACAGAAUAGCUAACCGACUAAAUUGGGUAAAUUCUAAAAAUGAACUAGAUACACAAAUGAAAUUAAAAAGUUAUGUACAGAAGGAAUUGUGGUCAGAAAUAAAUCACGUUUUGGUGGGCUUUGGUCAGGUUAUUUGUAAGGGAAAAAAACCUUUGUGUGAAAAAUGCACACUUACAAACAAAUGUCAGUAUUAUCAAGAUACCUCAACGAAACAGGAAAAUAAAUCAAAUGAAUAUAUAUAA